AUGGGAGAACCCAAGACCGGUCUCGUCUUAGGCUACGGGGUCGCCCAUCCGUUUUCCCGCGUGAAGCUGACCGACCGCUCUUCGGUCCAGGAGCUCCUCCGCACCCUCCUCGACCCGCUCGAGCCCUUCUUCUCCCCGGCCAAGUCCCGCGUCCGCUGCCCGGGUGCCACCGCCGUGCGCUUCGACCAGGCCGCCGCCGACCUCGAGGGGAUAUGUCGUCCGCUAUGGGGCCUCUCUGCCUUGCUUGCCGGAGGUGGGGAGUAUCGCGGCACCGAGUGGUGGGUGCAGGGACUCAAGUCCGGUACUGACCCUGAGAGUCCGGAGUAUUGGGGGUAUCCCCGGGAUAACGAUCAGCGUAUGGUCGAGAUGUGUCCUCUUGGCUUCGCUCUGGCAGUAGCCCCCGUCUUCUGGCAGAACUUGACCGAAAAGGAACGCGAGAAUGUCGAGAACUGGCUCGGAAACUCCAUCAACGAGAAGAACAUGCCCAACACCAACUGGCUCUGGUUUCGCGUCUUCGCCAAUCUCGGCCUCAAGAAGAACGGCGGCAAGUUCUCCCAGGCCCGCCUGGACGCCGACAUCGAGCACCUCGAAACCUUCUACCGCGGCGACGGCUGGUCCAACGACGGGCCAGAGGGCAUCCACCAGAUGGACUACUACUCCUCCAGCUUCGCCAUCCAGUUCCUGCAGCUCUUGUACGCCAAGCUCGCGGGGGAGGACGAGCCCGCCCGCGCCGCCGAGUUCCGGAAGCGCGCCCAGAUGAUCGCCCUCGACCUCGCCCACUACUACGACCGCGAGGGCCGCGCUAUUCCUUUCGGCCGCAGCGUCACCUACCGCUUUGCCAUGAUCUCCUUCUGGGGCGCCCUCGCCUACGCCGACGUCGAGCUCCCCGCCCCGCUUACCUGGGGUAUGGUCAAGGGCAUCGUCAUGCGCCAUCUGCGCUGGUGGCAGACCCAGCAUGACUUGUGGACGCCGAGCGGCACCUUGUCCAUCGGUUACUCGUACCCGAACACGUAUUUGGCCGAGAACUAUAACAGCCCCGGGAGUCCGUACUGGGCCUGCCUCGCCUUCAUCUGCUUAGCUGUCCCUGAAACCCAUCCGUUCUGGACGUCGGAAGAAGACCAAGCCUGGUCCGUCAUCCCGGCCAUAAAACCCCUGAGACACCCCGGCCACAUUAUGAGCUGUCUGGGCGAUCACUGCAUGCUCCUCUCGUCCGGCCAGGCCUGCAGCUACCCGAUGAAGGGCACCCACGCCAAGUACGGCGCCUUCGCGUAUAGCAGCGCCUUCGGCUACUCGGUGCCCACGGGGCUCUUCAGCCUGGAGCAGUACGCCCUGGCGUCGCAGCUGGGUCUUUCCGACGACGGCGGCGAGUACUGGAAGUCGCGCCGGUUGUCGCAGUACGCCGGCCUGGAAACCCGCGGCGACGACGGCGUGCCCGUGCUCGUGUCGUUGUGGAAACCCUUCCCGGACGUGACCGUCAAGACCAUCCUCGUGCCGCCCCGCGAAGACACCCCGAACUGGCAUCUGCGCAUCCACCACGUCCAUGCCGCGGGCCGCGACGUCGCGACCGCCGACGGCGCCUUCGCCAUCCGCAACACCCACUCCGUCACCGGCCGGUCCCUGGACCCAUACGACCCGGCCGCCACGGGUGGGGAGGGCACCUCCCCGCGCAUCAUCGGAAACUACGACCUCAACACCCCCGACGGGUGGUCUACGGGACGCGAGGGUGCCUUUGCCGCCGCCGUCGGCGCUGGCGCCGUGGGCAUCAAGGCGCUCGAAGCGGACACGGGGAGGUCGGCGAACUUGGUCAACGCGGACCCCAACUCGAACCUCAUCGAGCCGCGGACCGUGAUCCCUACGCUGCAGAAUACCCUGAAGAAGGGCCAGUCGGCGUGGUUCGUGUCGGCCAUCUACGCGCGACCUGCCGUUGACGGCCUCGCUCCCUCGAACUACCUCGAUGGAUGGGACAAGCCGCCUGCUGUGCCAUCUUGGCUUGCGAAUGAACCGGGUGGGACCCCUUGA